CGAAACACACUUCUUUAGUUUGUACCCGUUUGGCACUACACUUCUGCAGGCUUUACGCAGUUUGUGAGAGUAAUGUCUCAGGCUUAGGUUGUGCAGUUUAACCUAUAUGACCAUCAUUAUUUCGACAACGAUGUAAUGUAUAAACACUACUGGAGGAGCUGCAGAUGAAAGAAAUAGCAAAACACAUCGGAUCGGAAGUUUAUGGUGUAGUAAAGCCUUGUCGUACACUGGAUAUGGCUUGUUCUACCAGACACAGCCAGGAAAAUACAUCCUCAGGAGAAUCAGAUGAUGAGCUAUUUUUUGUUGGGGUGUCAGAUAUCUCAAAGCAAGCGUCCCCUCUGAACCAUAGAGACAAAGCAUGGUCAAACACCAAAAGAGAGAGAAAGCCUGUGAAAAUUCGUCCACCUAGUCCCACAUCGCCACAACAGAGACCAGCAGGCCGUAGUUUCUCCUGUGAACCCCCUCCCAAGCCCAUCAUCCAUAGACGGGCCCAGUCUCUACCGUCACCUUCAGAAAGGCGGCGGAUGAGUGGUAGAAUUGGGGUCCGAUUUGUGGACUCACUGGGAAUGGACCUAGAAAAUGUUAAGGUUUUCAGAAGUGGAGAAGACCCGUUUGUACCGGAACAUGUUUUGUUUAGACUUUUGAUGAACGCAGAGCUAGCAGCCAAUAAGAGCUUGGAGAUUUCCCUACCCUAUUUGAAACCUGUGUUCCCUGAACAACCUGGUGACUGUUCAAAUUUCCUGGAACGUUUAUGUAAUCAGCAAGUGUGCUUGGAACGUGUUUUAUGCUAUGAGCCUGGCAUCAUUGGGAUUGUCCAAGUGGUCAACCUGGCCUUUGAGAAAGAGGUUAUCGCUCGUUACUCUUUCACAAACUGGAAGAGCUGUGCUGACACCAAGGCUUGCUGGGUUGCCAAUAAAUACUUGGAAGGCCGUUCCUGUGGAUGUAGCUGUGACAGUUUUCGGUUCCAUCUCCCAGUUCCACCGUUCAUCCUACACCCUGGAGCUGUACUGGAGUUUGCAGUCUGCUAUAAAGUGCAGGGCACUCAGUUUUGGGACAACAAUGAGGGACAAAAUUACAAGUUAGUCUGCCAGAGCUACAAAAUCCCUGUGCCCAAGGAAUGUGAAGAUAGCAUGAUACAUUUUGUGUGAGCGUUCUGAAUCAGUGUAUGUACAGUAUACUCUCAGUGGCCACUUUAUUCACUACAUCUGCCUUUUAAUUUGGUAAACUUAUAUACUGUAGAUGCACUUUGUAGGUAUACAUUUAGUGAAUGUAGCCCAUCUUUUGUAAUUCACAAUUUGCUAAUCAGCUUUUCAUCAGUGUAAAGGGACUGUCACAAGAAGGAUAAGAUAUUAUUUGGGUGGUGGACCAUUCUCAGCACAUUAAUGACACUAACAUGAUCGUGGCAUGGUUUUGUUUUUGUGUGUGUGUGGGGGGGGGGGAGGUAUUGGUAGGUGUGUCACAGGCACUGGAGUGUUGUUAUGCACUAGGGUUAGGGUUAGUUAUGUUUACUUAACCUAAUAAAGUGGCCACUGAAUGUUUGUCUGCUAUUCACCAGCACACUUUAUUGUAUCAAAAUCGAAUAACAAAUUGUUUGCCAAAACAUCUGAGAUAGUCCUGGAAAGAAUUAGGACUCUGACAUCCAAAUAACUACCACAACUACUAAUGAACCCUUACAGAUACAUCUGUGCCACCAGCUGGACUUUUGAUCAUAGAGCAAAAUAUGAUGUGCAGUAUUUGUUUACCUUGUGAGCUGAGACUAUUGAAUAGAAUGUCUUACCAAACAUUAUUGAGUUAUAAGCCUCUAAGUCACUAUUUGCCAAAUGCUCUUUUAUCUGAAGUGCCUGAGUAAUGGUUAGAAGGAAAUGAAUUACAUUAAACUCACAAUUUUGUAAACUAAGCAAUAAAUCCUUUAUUCCAUCCCAAUGUUUUGUUUUUCUUGGUGCAGUACAUGGGAGCAUUUUAUUUGAACAAAUCUUUAAAGUGAACUGAACCGGAUCACAUGGAUUAAACGACUCGUUCAGAAAGAUUUGGUCAUCCUUUUUUUAUACACAGUUUUAACACUCAGUAACUAUGUCAAAUGAGUAUUCAUUAAUAACAGGAAACAGUCCUCAAGUCAUAGGUUCAUUACAUUGGCAGAGUGGGGGGGGGGGGGGGUGUGUUUGGCGAUGGCACGAACAACCCUGGGUCCGCCUUCUAAGGGGGCCCCUACUGAUCAUGAAGUUUUUUUUUUUGUAAAUUUAUUUAAUUUUUUAGUAAGAAAACAUAAAUCAAAUGUCCAUUCCAAAUCAUUUUAUUACAAAAUUAGUUUUUAAAAAAUCAUUACAUCGCAAGCUACUAAAUUGUGUGUUGCAAUUUGUUUACAUACAGUAUGUGUCAUUUCCCUUUAGAACAGCAACAGGCAGAGAGGACUUUUAGCCGUCUGAAACUCACCAAAAGUUAUUUGCGAUUAACAAUGGGUGAGUCGUAGCUCUCAAAUUUAGCACUGCUCUGCAUCAAAAGAGAAGUUGACAUUGACAAGGACAAGGUAAUCGCAAGAUUUGCCAAAGAAAAGGCGAGGAAGAUGAAGCUUUAAAUAGCCCAAAUGUCGUUUGUUGUGUAGUCUAUAACCUGGUUCAGUAAUGCAUUGUUCUCAUUUGAAAAACUUUCCUCCCUUUGAACUUGUUUAAUGAGCUCGUUCAGUUGCUCGGUUUUCUUAAUCAGACUGUCUGAUUGUUUGGGUCAGAUAACACAACAGGUUGGAGCUGUCAAUGGAUUUUUAAGUUAUCUGUUUGUUUGUAGUUGGUAAUACUUCACUGUUGUGUUUUGGUCUAAUGUAGGCCUAAUCGUUGCUGAACGCCUUUACUGUUUUUUUGAGAACUAUUUUGACCCUAAAUGGAAUGUAUUGUUUUUCUAAACAAUAAACCCAGGAUACUGACUGCUUGUGUGUACUACAUGUGUGAUUUGAAAGAUUACUGAACACAAUACCUAAGCCUAGCCUACAUUGUCUUAGUUUGCUGAUCCAGAUUGUUGAAUUACAUGUGUAUCCAUUCAUGUCUGAGGUUGAAUUUUUUUUUUUUUUUUUUUAUACAAGAUUUUAAUAAUAAGGGGGCCCUGAACAUAAUCCCAUAGGAUUACCCAAAGGGCUAUCUAUUAUUGUAUUAUAGGAUUACCCAAAGUGCUAUAUAUUAUAUUAUAGGAUUACCCAAGGCGCUAUAUAUUAUAUUAUAGGAUUACCCAAAGCGCCAUAUAUUAUAUUAUAGGAUUACCCAAAGCGCUAUAUAUUAUAUUAUAUUAUAAGAUUACCCAAAGCGCUAUAUAUUAUAUUAUAGGAUUACCCAAAGCGCUAUAUAUUAUAAUCCUAUAGGAUUACGCAAAGCGAUAUAUUAUAAUCCUAUAGGAUUACGCAAAGUGAUAUAUAAUAUAUUAUAGGAUUACCCAAAGCGAUAUAUAUUAUAUUAUUAUCCUAUAGGAUUACCCAAAACUCUUUCCUUCUCGACCCUGAACGAGUCACUUGGUAAAAGA